AUGGCGACGGCGCUGGCGCCGGGGCAGGGGCGCUCCCCUGGAGUCCGCCAACACCGGCUGGAGGGCACACCCAUCCGACACCUCCAGCCCGCAGGGCCUGCAGGCGUAAGAGGGCGCGAGCGGCAGAGACCCCAGCCGAAGGGCGCCCCCGCCGUUCACUCUUCGACCCGGCGGGCAGGCGGCCCCGCAGCCCUGCGGACCGCGAUGCGCCGCCGCCCCUCUGCCCGGGGUCGCCCCGCACCCGAGCCGAGAUACGUUUCGUGGUUUUUCGCAUGGGAGAAUAGUGUGGAUGCAGAUAGGUGGAACGCUUGCAUACGGAGAGGCGGCUCAGUCCCGCUGUCCCGGCGGCGGCGGUUCCACCGGGAGGAGCCGCUCGUGAGUGCCCGCGGGCGCGGAGGGGCCGCGGCGGCGGGAGGCCGGCGUUGGUUAAUCAUUACAGCGCCGAGUCGCGUUCGGGGCAAUCUGCGGGAUACAGCAGUGCUGGGGACAAGCCCUUCCCCAGCCGCUGGUGAGGAGGCUGAGGAGGCUGAGGCGCCCUCGUUUUUCGCCUUGGUUUUUUUUUUUUUGUUCACCCCCCCCCCCCCAGAGAAAGAUAAGAGUCAACAGAGCAAGAACGAGGAUGCGGGGCCCGAGGACCCCUCCAAAAAGAAGAGGCAGCGACGGCAACGGACUCACUUCACCAGCCAGCAGUUGCAGGAGCUGGAGGCCACCUUCCAGCGGAAUCGCUACCCAGACAUGUCCACCCGGGAGGAGAUCGCCGUUUGGACCAACCUUACCGAGGCCAGGGUUAGGGUUUGGUUCAAGAACCGCAGAGCCAAAUGGAGAAAGAGAGAAAGGAACCAGCAAGCCGAGCUAUGCAAAAACGGCUUUGGUCCACAGUUUAACGGCCUCAUGCAACCCUAUGAUGACAUGUACCCUGGCUACUCGUACAACAACUGGGCGGCCAAGGGCCUGACCUCCGCUUCCCUCUCCACCAAAAGCUUUCCUUUCUUCAACUCCAUGAAUGUCAACCCUCUGUCUUCUCAGAGCAUGUUCUCCCCUCCAAACUCCAUCUCCUCCAUGAGUAUGUCUUCAAGCAUGGUACCCUCUGCAGUCACCGGGGUCCCUGGCUCCAGCCUCAACAGCCUGAAUAACUUGAACAACUUGAGCAAUCCCUCCCUGAAUUCUGCAGUGCCAACGCCAGCCUGUCCUUAUGCUCCUCCAACGCCUCCGUAUGUUUAUAGGGACACAUGUAACUCGAGCUUGGCGAGUCUGAGACUUAAAGCCAAGCAGCACUCCAGUUUUGGCUAUGCCAGUGUGCAGAACCCCGCUUCCAACCUGAGUGCUUGCCAGUACGCGGUGGACAGACCCGUGUGAAACAUUCAAGUAGGAAACACUGCAUGGGAAUCCCUUCCCAUUUCCCGCAGAGACUGAGAAUUUCACUAGAAAGUAAUGGGCACUAGAGAGAAAGAGAAAGGAAGAAAAAUCAGACAGAGUCAGAGAAAGAGGAAGAGACAAAGAGAAAGAGGAAAAAAAGAGGAAACCACUGAAAUAAGAUAGUUCCUUUGUUUUCAAAGGACCUCCUACAGAUUCUGAGAUCUUUCUUUCACUAAGAGUAUUUCAACAGUUACAAGGACAUAUAUAUAUAUAUGGACAAAUGUUUGACUGGAUAUGAUAUGACAUUUUAAUGUUACUAUAAGCUUGUUAUUUUUUAAGUUUAGCAUUGUUAACAUAAAAAUGACUGAAAGGAUGUAUAUAUAUCGAAAUGUCAAAUUAAUUUUAUAAAAGCAGUUGUUAGUAAUAUCACAACAGUGUUUUUAAAAGGUUAGGCUUUAAAAUAAAGCAUGUUACACAGAAGCGAUUAGGAUUUUUUCGCUUGCAAGCAAGGGAAUGUAUAUACUAAAUGCGACACUGUAUGUUUCUAACAUAUAAUUAUUAAAAAAAAUUGUGUGAAUAUCAGUUUUAGAAUAGUACCUCUGGUGGAUGCAAUGAUGUUUCUGAUAUUGCAAUGUAAAACAUGCCCUGUGUAUAACAUUUCGUACAAUAUUAUUGUUUUACUUUUCAGCAAACAUGAAAAAAAAUGUGUUUUAUUUCAUGGGAGUAAAAUAUACAGCAUA